AUGGGGAGUGAGGGUGCAGCAGUGUGGCAGGGUGCGUUUUUAGGUGGAAUACUUUUCUGGCUUGUUUCUGCUUCAUACCUCGACGUUACUCGCAAGCUUAGAUCUUUCUUUCAACCUUGGGUUUCUCAUCAUGUUGACACUCAAACCCCUAUUAUCCUCAAGAUCCAGAGUUACGGGUUUGGGUUCUUGGAUGCACUUUUCUCCGGGUUGUCUUGCGUUGUUUCGGUGCCCUUCUACACUGGUUUUCUCCCUCUGCUAUUCUGGAGUGGACAUGGCAAAUUGGCGAGGCAGAUGACGUUGUUGAUGGCGUUUUGUGAUUAUCUUGGUAACUGUAUAAAGGAUGUGAUUUCAGCUCCAAGACCUGCUUCUCCACCUGUCAAGAGAGUAACUGCCACAAAAGAUGAAGAAGAGAAUGCGUUAGAAUAUGGAUUGCCUUCUUCUCACACACUUAACACAGUUUGCUUAUCUGGCUACCUUCUGCACUAUGUCCUCACUCAUACUCAAAUUCAAGGUUCCUAUGUUACUUACCUUGGAGUUUCUCUUGCCUUGAUUCUGGUGUUUCUCAUUGGUUUCGGAAGAAUUUAUCUUGGCAUGCAUAGUGUGGUUGAUGUUCUUGCUGGCCUUCUUAUUGGAUUUGUGGUCCUUGCAUUUUGGCUUACUGUUCAUGAACACAUAGACAGUUUUGUAAUCUCAGGACAAAAUGUUACAUCCUUUUGGGCUAUCUUGAGCUUCCUCUUGCUUUUUGCUUAUCCUACACCUGAACUUCCAACUCCAAGCUUUGAGUUUCACUCUGCAUUCAAUGGUGUUGCAUUAGGAAUUGUUGCCGGAGUACAGCAAACAUACCAUCAAUUUCACCAUGGCGACGUUCCUCGUUUGUUCUCUUCAGAACUGACUCUGCCUGUAUUUGCGGGAAGGAUGCUGGUUGGCAUACCCACAAUUCUAACUGUGAAAUUCUGCAGCAAGGCUCUUGCAAAAUGGACCAUUCCUAUGGUAGCAAACACCUUGGGCAUCCCAAUAAAAUCAACCAGCUAUAUACCCACAUUGAAUGGAUCUGCAAUGGGGAAAAAGACUGAUAAGCUUAAACAAGGUUACUUGCAAAAGCUCCUUUCUCGGCGCAAGGUAUUCGAUGUGGAUACCGGAAUUAGAUUUCUUCAGUAUACAGGCCUUGCCUGGUCUGUAGUUGACCUAGUGCCAUCGCUUUUUUCAUACAUGAGUUUGUGA